AGUCUUGGAACACCCACCUUGAUCAGCUGACUGCUUUGGACUGUUGCUGUCAGAGACCACUUCACAGUCUGAUGGACAAUAAUACAUGUUUUGUCGUCUGAUCGUAGAUACGUCACUUUUGUAAUUGAUUCAUCACACAAAAAAGUCGCAAUAAAGAUUAGUGAUCAGCAACCAUGACAGAGUUCUGGUUAAUUUCGGCCCCUGGAGAGAAGACUUGUCAGCAGACAUGGGACAAGAUGAUGCUGGCCACCACCCGCACCAACAACCUGUCCACUAACCACAAGUUCAACAUUCCUGACCUAAAGGUCGGAACACUAGAUGUCUUGGUGGGACUGUCCGAUGAGCUGGCCAAACUGGACUCCUUUGUGGAGAGUGUGGUGAAGAAGGUCGCUCAGUACAUGGCCGAUGUGUUGGAGGACAGCCGAGACAAAGUUCAGGAGAAUCUGCUGGCCAAUGGAGUUGAUCUGAUUACCUACAUCACAAGGUUUCAGUGGGACAUGGCCAAGUAUCCCAUCAAACAGUCUUUAAAGAACAUCUCUGACAUUGUAUCCAAGCAAGUGACACAGAUCGAUAAUGACCUCAAGGCCAGGGCUUCCGCCUACAACAACUUGAAGGGCAACCUGCAGAAUCUGGAGAGGAAGAAUGCGGGGAGUCUACUGAGCAGGAGUUUGGCUGAUAUUGUCAAAAAGGAGGACUUUGUGCUGGACUCUGAGUAUCUCAUCACGAUGAUUGUGGUUGUACCAAAGACAAAUUAUGCUGACUGGCAAAAGACGUAUGAAACCCUUUCAGAGAUGGUGGUCCCCCGGUCCACAAAUCUGCUGUUCGAGGACCACGAGAGCGGCCUGUUCAGCGUGACCCUCUUCAGGAAGGCCAUCGACGACUUCAGACUCAAGGCCCGGGAGAACAAAUUCAUGGUGAGGGACUUCCAGUAUAAUGAGGAGGAGAUGAAGGCAGACAAGGAGGAGAUGACACGGCUUUCCACUGACAAGAAGAAGCAGUUUGGUCCUCUGGUGCGAUGGCUGAAGGUGAACUUCAGUGAGGCCUUCAUCGCCUGGAUCCACAUCAAAGCCCUGAGGGUGUUUGUGGAGUCAGUCUUAAGGUAUGGCCUGCCCGUCAACUUCCAGGCCAUGCUGAUGCAGACCAAUAAGAAGACCAUGAAGAAGCUGAGGGAGGUUCUAUACGACCUCUACAAGCACCUGGAUAGCAGUGCAGCCGCCGUUAUAGAUCAGCCUGCCAUGGACAUCCCAGGUCUGAACCUCAGCGCGCAGGAGUACUACCCCUAUGUGUAUUACAAAAUCGAUUGCAACCUCUUAGACUUCAAAUAGAGUUCUCAGUUGGUGGCCAUGGUGGCCGCCCUUUUGUCUCGCUCUGUCUUUGUGUUGAAAAUGGACUGACCAGGGCACCUCUUCAUUGGUCUGACUCUUCCCUACACCCGCCCCAUCUUGCUCUCUUGCAUGCUCAUUGGGUGACCAGACGUCCUGUUUUUUUCCCCAAGGUACAAGACACAUCCAUCCUUUUGCAGCCUAAUUACUGUCCUGUGUGUGUCCCCCCCCCCCCCCCAAAUUGUGCACAUUUGUCCAGUUGUGAAAGGAGGUGUGUGUGUGUGUGUGUGUGCAGCCGGGGUGAACAGGCCCAUUAUUGACCCUGAAGCCCUUCGCUGUUUGAAUAGAGGUCUUUGUAGGGAUGUUUAAGUGCAGAAAAUCUGGUCACCCUAUGCUCAUUCCAUUUGGCAAGGUAAUUCUCACUGCCAGAGACUCAGCUGGUAUCACUGGUAUCACAGUUUACGAUUUUGUUUACAUUUUUUUUCCCCCUAAGAGCAUCGGAGUAUUCGUAGGUGUGCUUUUAAAAAGAACAUCGGAAUAUUCAGAUUUGUUCUUCAACGGAUGAAUCAGGUUUACUUCAGAUAAGAAACACUGUACUUUCAGUCAUUCCACCUUGGUGUAGUGUUGUGUGGUAGAUGUAUCCACUGAUCAUUGACCUGCUGGUUUGUGCAGGGUGAAAUGUUGGCUUGUGUGUGUGGAAAUCAGGCCAGCCGUUACCACAUCAUAUCUUUAUUGAAGCACAGUCUUGGUUCACCUCAAGAGCAGAUGAUCAUGUCAAAACGGAUGUAAUUUAUUAUGUGUUGUCAUGUUAUAUAUAUUUGGUGUGAAGAUAAACAUAAAUAUUUAAAUGAAUAAAUAUAUGUAUACAGUAAAUGUAAAAUGUCUGAUGUUGACUUGAAUGAAACAAUAAAGAUAAAAAUUGAAAGUGUC